GACUGCGACUCAGGUGCCCAGGAUAUGUUUGGCGACUCUUUGUCUCUUAAUGAACUUCGAAAAGCAUAUCCGGAACUCUACCACUUUAUGUGUAAAACAGAGUCAAAUUUCGAUGAUGCGAAUCUCACUGAAGGACAGGAAGAAUUUACUUGGUCGAAAAUGGAAAAUUACCCGAAAGAAGAAGAUCCAGAUGUAGCACAAAUCUUUAAGACGUCUGAUUCUGUCACUUCACUUCUCACUAUCCGAAAAGCAAUGUCGUCUAUAUUUGAAUGCUUGAAUACUGUUCACGUUCAAAAGACAUCAAAACUAAGACUUGAGAUUCGAGAUUUGUGUUGCCGCCUUCAAGGCCUCCAGGCAAGCCGUGAAAUGGACCAGCGAGAGAUUUACAGGUUGCAGCGCGAGAAUGAUCGCUACCGGCGGGAGCUUUCGCAGCAGGCGUCACGAUAUGAAGAAAGAAUCACCGAGCUCCACGGCGUCUUAGCCGAGCUCAAACGGAAAGCUGCAGAAAUACAAGCCCCCACCUCCAUUGGCAACGGUACUGUUGGUGUUGUUGAUGACUUGGCCGAAUUCACUGAUAGUGAGAGCGAAGCAGACAAAGCCAACGGAGUGGAUGGUUUUGUCCAGUCAGAUUUAUCUGUUCCUUUGUCUCCACUGCAACCGACCGUUUCAGAAAACGUACUCGAACAUCUGAUGUACAUUCAUUGGGAUUGGAGUAGUCGACAUUUGCUCGACCUUCUUGUUUCCCCUCUGCCCGCCACGCCGACGAUGCACGUGUUCGGACGUGCGACAAACGCAUCGGCGUCGAGUGUCGACACGUGCCAUCAUGACUAG